UAUCCAGAGAAUUCCACACCGUGAGGUGAGUCUAUGCGGAGCUCAAAACUGGUUCCCCUGGAGUGGCUGUGAGUUUCACGGACUCUUAGGCGUGCUGUGCCGCGGGGCCAAUUCGAUCCUCCGAGGCGCAGACUAGUUGCCUGUAGGUACAACUGUUUCAACGUUUCAAUCAGCUCGUGUCCUCUCCUCUCUACCCCACCAUUUCUCUCUCUCGGUAUUCGUUUGAAAGAGCUAUUGCCGGAAUUUCGCAAACGACGAAGAUUUUAUCUUGAGCAGCGGGUGCUCCAGCGCGAUAUUCCUUCAUUCUUGCUCCAAUUUCGCCUUUUCCGAACAGCACACCCACUCCCCAAAAUCAACCUCCACCAUGCCCGUCGUCACAAUCGCCGACUACAACACCUACCGCAACCCGCGCCACCCCUUCACCCGCCAAUGUCCCAACUUCCGCACAUGCUGGCCCGGCCUGAGCGCCUCCUACAACCCCCUCGUCUCCUCGCGCCCGCUCAUGCUCCGCCGCAUCUCCUUCCUGCUCAUCCAGCUCCUCCAACUCACCCACAUCGCGCUGCACACCACACUCCAGUCCCUCAGCACGCUCUCGCAGCUCCCCUGGACCGCCACCACGCUGCUGUUCUUCUUCUUCGUUGCCUGGAACUUGCACCUGAUCGUCCAGAUGGAGGGCGAGCGGAUCGUGUUCGGGAAGCGGUUUAGCAAGGUGUGGUUCGACGCGUUUCUCUGGGGCCUUGUGGUUGCGUAUGCAGGGCUAGUGGUGGGCGACUGGAUGGCAGGGGACGUGUGGCGGUAUGAGGCGCAGGUUGCAGAGGUGCUACUUGAUCUGGUUAUUUUUUUGGUGGCGUGGGUGAGCACGUGGGCGCCAUAUGGGACGGUGGUGUUUUGGGGAGAGGAGCAGGUGUGAGAUCUCAGAGUGUAGAUGCCCCUGUUUCCGCGCAGCUGGGGAACGGUGGGGAGAAGGAAGACGGGGUUUCGAUGGAUGAUGGGAUUUUUAAGGACGCAGAUCAGGCCGUAGCUAGAAAGACAUCCCUUCAUAUCCCCCAGCGAGAUAAAUCGCUCGCAAUGCAUACCCAUAGCCUAGAACACUGUCCGUUCUGUCCUAUACUCCGUAAACGCCACGCACGCAUGCACGUAUGCACAUAUGUAUGCAUGCAUGCAGCACCAUUUUCUUUCCGCUCAAACCCCCCGCGACUCUUCC